UUCAGCCCCAUUGAAUUUAAAGAGGUGGCUCCUAUAUCACACAUCGACUGUUCACGACAAAAAGAAGCUGUACAGACUGGUAGUAUAGUUAUGCGAAUUGAAUUUGAAACUGCUGAAGCUACUAAAAAUAAUACUACAGCUUACUGCCUGAUUCUCCAUGAAAGGCAUUUUACAUACAAUCCUCUAACGAAAAUGGUACGACAACUUUAAAUUGCGCAUGACGAAUUUUCAUUAUAACAGUUAAUGACACCGUAAAGAUGUAUCAUAAUGAAAUCAGUGCUGUAUCAGAGAAGUGUACGUAAAUCACUAUUCAUCAACUCUCUUGAUAAACACAUAGAAAAAUUAGAGGAAAUUAAAAGAGUUCUAGAGCUGUACAGUGACAAGAUAGCUGUUUUGAAAGCAUUGGAUAAUUUAAAAAUAUGACACUUGUUUUAGAUGUUCAAUGCUUUAAAUUGGAAAAAAAUAGAUUUAUCGUGAAAGAGUUAGCAGGUUUUGAUGGGAUCAGAAUUUGUCACUAUAUAUUCAAAGCACCAUUUCCAUUCGAUCAUUUAUCACCAGAUUUGCAGAGACAAGCUCACUGGCUAACUGAAAAUCAUCACUGCAUUGCAUGGGAUGCUGGAUUCACACCACAACAUUUAUUUAGCAAAAUAAUCACUGAUUUGACGAAUUCUUACGACAUUAUCUAUGUGAAAGGAUUAGAAAAAGCCAACUACAUUAGACAGUUCAUAAACAAACCAGUUGUCGAAUUCGAUGAGCAGCCAACUUUAAGAAUGUCUCAACCAAAAUGUGUUAACCAUUCAAAGACUCAAUGCAUUUGUGCACUAUCCAAUGUUUUUUAUUUAUAUGAAAAUUUUAUCAUGAGUUUUUAAUAAAAAAAAUAAUAUUGAGUUGAAUCUUUUAUUCGAGAAAAAUCAAAAGGUUUAUGAAUUCAUAUAUUUUUCAUCAUUUUCACAAUUAUUUUCACAAUUUUCUCCUUCUUGUUCUUCUUCCUCUUCUUCUUCUUCUUCUUCUUCUUCCUCUUCUUCUUCUUCUUCGUCUUGGUCAUCCACAUCUUUUUC